UGGUGUUACACGUCAACAUGUUCCCUUACCGAAUCCAGUGAAUUCUCAACCAUCUUUUCAUCUUUUUUUUGUUUUGUUUUUAACUGAGUUCUUGUUUGUGGUGUCUUUUCAUUUUCUGCUUUUUCCUGAAGUGUAGCAGAAAAACAUCCUGAAGGCUGAUGGUUACAGACCUCAAUGGAUUAAAACAUCCUGCGUCAACAUUUCAACAUUUUAGCGGGAACCCGACGCCAGAAAAGAAGUCCGGUGUGGGACCGUUUUAGGAUGGGAUCAACCCCCGAAACAACUCAUGUGAGAAAAGGAACCACAGAAAAGUUUGACGUGAAAUAAAGAAACAGUCGGAACCGACGGUCGGAACCCAAACAACCGGAAACGGACUCCCAGGAGCGCGAGGCUCAAGUCUGGAUGACUGGAUGGAGAGCGCAGAUUUGAACGUUGUGGAGGUAACGGAUGUGAAUCCCGAUGAAAUAUUAAGAAUCAUCAAAGACAUUCAUUCUUACGCCUGUAAGGAACCUCCUGCAGGAGAACCUGGGUCUCCAACAUCGACCAGUCAGGAUCCUAACCGGUCCAGGAGCUCUGCUGAGGUUCUGCCUCAGAUUGAACUCCAGAAAAAAAUCAUCCAAGCUUUUGCUAAUAGGAUCAACAGCAGGUCAGGUGGAAUAGAGAAGAUGAUCAAAGGUAUCUCAGAUGAUAUUCAAGACAUAGCUAAAGCUCUCCAGUCCUUCCAACAUCAAGCUUUGCAUCUUCAAACGGACAACGAGAAGCUGACCAGAGAGAAUGGGGAGUUGAGACAAAAGAUGUCAGAACUGAAGGUCUUGAUGAGCAAACAGGAAGCCUUCAGCCGUGGUCUUCAUCUGGGGCUUCAUGGUGUCGCAGAAGACUCUUCAGAGGAUGUUGGAGAAAAGACCAGAGAGGUUUGUAAAGCGCUGGUUCCAGAGGAGGAGAAGGACCGGGUGGCAGCAGAUGUGGACGACGCUCACCGUCUGGGUCUUCUGAAGGCAGGAGGAGACCCACGACCCAUCAUCAUCAGGUUCACAUCAAGAGCCUCCAGAGAGCUCACACGGAAACAUGCCGAGCAAAGUGACUUUCUGCUGAGUCGUGGUUUCAGGUUGGAAGAGAACGUCGGAGAUGAAGCAGCGGGACGCCGUGGUUGGUUAGAGGCGGAGAUGGCGGGAGAGGAAGACUUAACAAAUCCGAACGUCAGACAGGAGGAGAGGGACCAGGAUGGAGAGCCGUUUGUUUGUGAAGUGUGUGGUGAAACGUGUCCAGACAACGACGCCUUAUCGGUCCACGUGAGAGGUCAUGAGAAGAAGUUCCUUUGUUUCAUCUGUGGGAAACUAUACGGGUCCAGCCAUACAUUAAACACACAUCUGAAGGGCCAUUUAAAACCCCGUGUAUGUGAAAUCUGUGGGAAAGCCUUGCACUCCUACUACAGAUUAAACCUUCAUAAAAAGAUCCACACUGGAGAACCGUACAGAUGUGAGAUCUGUGGGCUCGGUCUGCUGCAGAGGUACAGUCUGUUGAACCACAUGAGGAUCCACACCGGAGAGAGGCCGUUUCCCUGUCCAACGUGUGGGAAAAGAUUCCACUCCAUUUCCAGGUUAAGUCAGCACAAACGGACCCAUUCAGCCAUAAAGCCUUUUGGUUGUGGAUCUUGUAAGAAGAGAUUUAGAGAAAGGAAUAAUCUAAUCCAACAUCAGAAAAUCCACACCCGUGAGAGGCAGAGUAGGGAUGGAGUCCCUUCCGCUCGUUCCAGCAGCGAGAAGGAACGGUUGUACCGAUGUGACGUUUGUGGGAAACGUUUCUGCCAGAAACGGUACGUGCCGAUCCACAUGAGGAUCCACACCGGGGAGAAGCCCUUCGUCUGUAGCCAGUGUGGGAACGGUUUCACCCAGAAGGGAAGUUUGAAGGUUCACAUGGAGAUGCACAGACGGAGAGUCAGUAAAGACGGCUGUUUGAGUCUUCACUCCAAAAUCCACAACAAGGAGUAGUUUUCUUGCCGGAAAGGUUCCAUAAGGAAAACCUGAUCCGUCCAGUUGGAAGAGCGGAAAACACUCAGGGAAAGCAUGAGAAGGAAAACCGAGUUCAACAGAAGUUUCAGAUAUGGAAUGUUUUAGCUGCCAAGGACUCGAAGCUUUUUGUUCUUGUUACUUUCAGACUUUCUAAUGUUGAACAAAGAUGUUUUUACGUUCAUCUGAAAGCUAAAAUAUUAAUAAAGGAUUUAUUUCUGA